AUGACCGAUGUUUCCAAACUGGUCAGUUUCUAUUGGAAAAAUGAACUGGAAUCUGUUAAAGAUGCUUAUCGUGAAAUUGCUCAAGAAGUUGAAAUCAAACUCAAGGAGAUUAGAAAGAAAGAAGUGAAUUCUAGAGUUGUUUGGAAAAAGUGUAAAUUAGGUAUUAAUAAACGAAAGGAUUCAACCACAACAAUUAACUCAAAGACCAAGUCUAAUGUUUCAACAAGAAAACCUAAUAAACGAUCCGGGAUUAAGAUGGAAUUAAAAAAUUUCAAUGGUAAAGUCAACGAUGAUGAUAAAAUAAUUAAUCGUGUAAAUAAAGCCAACAAUAACGAAACGGUUGUUAAAGCUAACGAUAGUGAAUUAAUUAUCAAAGCCGAGAAAGAUGACGAUGGAAAAAUUCUUCAUGUCAAUCAUGACAAAAUAAAUAAUGAUGAAAAAAUUGAUAAAGUUAUUAUUGAUGGUAAUGAAAAAACUCUCGACAACACAAACAUCCAUCAGUAUCCCAAUAAAAAUUUUAUUAAUGAUGAAUUUAAUGAAGAGUAUUUGGGUUUCAAUCAUAACGAUAGUGGUGGCAGCCCAAAUAAUAAGCGACACACGUUAAAGCAAAUUAAAAAGAAAACGUUGAAAAUUCAUCCUUCUUCUCGUAAAGCUAUUCAACUUCAACGUAUAUCUCUAAGAAAUGAUCGUCUUAAACGAGAUAAAAUAAAAAGAUACAAAGAGUCAAUCCAACCAAAUGAGAUUUUGAAACUUGAAGAAUCCAACAAAAAUAAAACUAAAUCAUCAAGACAAAAUUUUUUAGAAGCAUUAAAAUCAAAGGAAAAAAGAGAACAUCAAACAGGAUUUGAAAUACCUGAUUUAUUGGAUCCAAAAAAUGUUAAAAUAUUACGUGAGUGGGACGGUGACCCAAAUUCUUUAUCAAGAAUCAAAUUGAUUCAUAUACAACAAGAUCCAAAUAAUCACUCAAAAGAAAAAUCUUGA